GCGGCUUCUCGGAGCCGAAACAAUUGCUGAUCGUGUCACCGAUUUUACGCGUAGAUUUGUGUUUAUGGCAUCGUAAUGCAUGACGAGAGUGUAAGGAUUGUAAACAUACAGGGAUUGUGUGUUUUCGUAGAAUUUUCUAGUUAGAUUAUGUUAUAUUUCAUAUUGGAUUUAAAUUUCUUCAUGAACUUUGAGUGAUAAACAGGGUCCUCGACUUUUAAAGAGUUUUACGAGGUUCCCUAAAAAGUGCUUUUUUAACAUUUCCUUUACUACCGCCGAUGUGGAUUGGAAUGACAAUGUGUGCGGCUGUGGUGAUGCUAUCGCUGCCAGCCGUCACAUCCAACACGAAUUUAAGGACUCUACGCACGCUGCAUCGGCAAGUGUGUGAUGACGAAGAGCUGCAGAUCGAGUGCUGGCCGGACACUGUCAUCAGCAUUAGUCAAGCGGAGUAUGGGCAACCGGCGGCCGGCCACAUCCAGUGCUUGGAGAAGAGGGAAGGGCGUCAACACCACCCCCACUGCUCUCCUCAGGACGUACGAGAGGGAAUCCAAUCCUCCUGCCGGGAGAGACAGAAAUGCCAUCUCAAGAUCUCUUCGUCCCUCUUGAAGGAGGACCCAUGCCCCGGAGUGCAGCGAUAUCUGAAUGUCGCUUUCAAAUGCAGACCAAGCAAGUUCUUCACUCGUGUCGUUUGCGAAGACGAUAAGUUGAAGCUGCGCUGCCGGAAGUCCCUGCGCAUCGUCAUCUAUAGCGCCUUCUUCGGGAGCUCGACUUCCGGUGUUGAGGAAUGCCCGCAGGAUGGCGGCAAAAAGUACGAAGAUUGCGAGGCCAGUUUUGCAACGGAGACUGCGAUGAACAGCUGCCACGGGCGACGCCGCUGCUCGCUUUCCGCCGAUUCCAUCGCUUUCGGCCUGCCGCCCUGCUCCGCCAAAGCAAGGAUGUUCCUCAAAGUGGUCUACACCUGCGUUCCUAAAGAUUCCCUUCAGGAUCUCGAAUUUGAAGAAGAAAGCGAUUUGGACUAUCCAAAUAUUUUCAAGGAACCUAAUGCCUCCGAAAUACUUCAUAAUCUGAAAUCAGCAGAUAAUCUUAACAUUAAAACUACUACGGCAUCAUAUAAUCAUAAAGAUUUUAUCGAUCCAACUGUCAUCACCACUACGAAAAAGGUGGAUGUACAAAGUGAUGAGACCAGCGACGAUUCCAUUGAUGUGAACUGCACCAUAGUUGAUGACAAUCAGAAAGUCAUUGGAUUCAUCUCUGAAUGGAUAUCGGCAUACAAAUUCAUCACAGAGAACAAAGAAAAAUUUAUACUCUAUGUAACCCUGAGCCUCGGAGUUGGCGUUCUACUUUUCUUAUUAGUCUUGACCGUACGGUUGUACUCUCAACAGCAAAGAACUUUGAAAAAGGCUAAAUUAAACGUCUCCGAACCCCUGCCGACCUUUGAAGACUGCUCUGAUCUGGAGCCCUUCGAUCCGCGCCUGGACAACAGCGUGGAGGUGGUGCGAUACACCAACACAUCAACAAUCAGAAGGCAAGAUAGCACCAGCCAGCCACGGGCACCUCUUUCGCAUUCUAUGAAUAACUAUUAUUACAGUUAAUAAUUAUAUGAUUGUUUAGCAAAACUUUGUAUUAUUGCUGGUCAAUUUCGUGUAGUCUGACUCAUUUACAGUGCUGUUGCAUCAUUUGACUUUAUUUUUGUACCUAAAAAAUACAUGGAAGAGAAAUCUCUAUAAGGAUGCACAUAUUUUUACUGAUAAACCUGACUUAAUUUGACAAUAAUAUGAUUAAAACGAAUCAUUUUAGUAGGACUUUUUUUGCAUUAAAAAAGAGUCAGUUUUAAUUAUUUGUUGAAAAUGUCCAAAUAUUUUUUCCAUUCGAAGCAGAUGUUUUAAUCCUCUGUUAAUCGCCAUUAAUUACACUUUCGAUGUAUGGAAUGAUCUUGUCGCCAAACUGUUCAAAUUUAUGCGAGCUAUUGCUUGAAAAAAUUAUAUCUUACUGUAUAUCUUAUUAGAUAUUAUGAUUGACAGAGGAUUAAAUAUUUUAAAUUUAUAUAUUAUAUUUUUAUUUCUACUUAAUAUAGGAAUACGAGUAAAAUAAAUUUAGAUAUUUAAGUAUAAAAUGAGUAUAUUAUGCUAUCUUCUAAUAGAUAUGUAUAUUAAUUUCUGGUAGGUAGCUUUUGUUGUGUUUAACUUCUCUAUCAAUUCUCUUCGUGUGGCUUUGUAUCAGAAGUCAUGUUUCCAUUGUUGCAUUUAUUGGUCCUAGAGUUGCUAACGUUAUAAUGUUUAUGAACUUUUAAUUUAUCCAGUGACAUUUUAAAAACAAAAUGUCUUGUACAUAACUUAGCAUUGUUUAUAUCAUCACCUCAUUAUUUCAUUUUUUAAUUUCCUAGUUAUUUGCUCCAUGUUUAUUACUAUAUAAAAGAAUGAUACUGAGAAA